AAUUUUUUCCUCUCUCUCUCUCUCUCUCUCUCUCUCUCUAUACACACAAACCCUCUCUUUUUCUGCCUUCUCCAAUGGAUCCCGUUAACGACUGGGGAAACACACCUCUCGAUGUCGUAGACCCAGAAAUCCACGACCUCAUAGAGAAAGAGAAACGCCGGCAAUGCAGAGGUAUCGAGCUCAUUGCCUCGGAAAACUUCACCUCCUUCGCAGUCAUAGAGGCUCUCGGAAGCGCCCUGACGAACAAAUACUCAGAGGGUAUGCCCGGAAACCGUUAUUACGGUGGCAACGAGUUCAUCGACGAGAUCGAGAACCUCUGCAGAGCCAGAGCACUCCAAGCUUUCCACUUGGACCCAACCAAAUGGGGUGUCAAUGUCCAGCCUUACUCUGGAUCUCCGGCCAACUUCGCCGCCUACACAGCGGUUCUUCAACCCCAUGAUCGGAUCAUGGGUUUGGAUCUCCCUUCUGGUGGGCAUUUGACUCAUGGGUAUUACACCUCCGGUGGGAAGAAGAUCUCCGCGACUUCGAUCUACUUCGAGAGUUUGCCUUACAAGGUGAAUUCCACAACUGGGUAUAUCGAUUACGACAAGUUGGAAGAGAAGGCUUUGGAUUUCAGGCCCAAGUUGAUCAUUUGCGGUGGGAGUGCGUACCCUAGGGAUUGGGAUUAUGCUAAAUUCAGAGCUGUUGCUGAUAAGUGCGGUGCUCUUUUGCUCUGUGAUAUGGCUCACAUUAGUGGCCUUGUUGCUGCUCAGGAAGCUGCGGACCCCUUUGAAUACUGUGACAUUGUUACAACCACUACCCAUAAGAGUCUGAGGGGUCCUAGGUCUGGUAUGAUCUUCUACAGGAAGGGUCCUAAACCAGCCAAGAAGGGUCAGCCUGAGGGUGCAGUUUAUGACUUUGAAGACAAGAUCAACUUUGCUGUUUUCCCCUCCCUCCAGGGUGGUCCUCACAAUCAUCAGAUCGGUGCCCUUGCUGUUGCCCUGAAGCAGUCCCUGUCACCUGGGUUCAAAGCAUAUGCUAAACAAGUCAAGGCCAAUGCAGUUGCCCUCGGAAACUUCUUGAUUAGCAAGGGAUACAAGCUUGUCACUGGAGGAACUGAGAACCAUCUUGUUCUUUGGGAUCUCAGGCCUCUUGGUUUGACUGGCAACAAGGUCGAGAAGCUUUGUGACCUAUGCAACAUUACUGUCAACAAGAAUGCGGUGUUCGGUGACAGCAGUGCCUUAGCUCCUGGAGGAGUUCGUAUUGGUACCCCAGCCAUGACAUCAAGAGGUUUGCUCGAGAAGGACUUUGAGCAGAUUGGAGAGUUCCUCCACCGAGCCGUAACCAUCACCUUGAGCAUCCAGAAAGAACAUGGGAAGCUAUUGAAGGACUUCAACAAGGGACUUGUGAACAACAAGGACAUCGAAGCACUCAAGGCUGACGUCGAGAAGUUUUCUUCCUCAUUCGACAUGCCCGGCUUCCAGAUGUCUGCAAUGAAGUACAAGGAUUAGAUUUCAUCACUUCCACAUUUGCUACACUUGCCAUGAACAUAGCCUUCUUUGGCUUAUGAGUCAAAUGGAAUUUUCUCUUCUUUUUUUUAAGUUGCCUCACUUGAUGCACAUCGGAAAGGUUACAAGGGGAACUGAAAAAAAAAAAAAAAAAAAGAAGAAAAGAAGCAAAAAAAGCUUUGUAUGGUUUUCAGUUAUAGGUUAGCUUUGUUUAUUUUUUCUAUUCAUUUAAAGUUUCUGUUGGUUGUGUUAUGAGAGUUUGAUAUGAUAUAUGUCCUCUCGAUAACUAGCUGUAUUACUUUUCCAAUAAACAAUGAAAUAUGAAUCUACAAAUAUUUUUCUUCUUUAA